CCGCCAAAAAGGUUAAAAUGUUAUAGUGUGUUUGCGGGUACACGAUAAACCUUCAUUCGCCCUCCCAAAGAACUAACGUCACAAUUUCCCCAAAUUGGGCAGGCAAACACCGAAUUUACCAGCGUCUCUCUCUAACCCUUCGCUUUAGGUUCUAUUGCCAGCAUCAGAGAAUCAGAAACUGAAAAUGGAACCCAGUUUGAAAAUAAAAAUCGAGCAAACGGUGAGGGAAAUUCUACAAGAAUCGGACAUGGACUCCACGACUGAGUAUCAGAUUCGAAAGAUAGCUUCCAAGAAACUCGGCUUGGACCUCAAUGAAUCCAAAUACAAGGCCUUCGUGCGCCACGUCGUCAAUAACUUCCUAGAAGAGCAGAGGCUCAAAGAGGAACAAGGAGACCAGAGCAAAGAGCCCGAGUAUGAUGACGACGGUGACCUUAUCGUUUGCAGGCUGUCAGAUAAGAGAAAGGUGACGAUUCAGAACUUUAGAGGGACAACCUUGGUAUCUAUAAGGGAGUUCUACAAGAGAGAUGGCAAAGAGCUUCCUACUUCUAAAGGAAUAAGUUUGAAAGAGGAGCAAUGGUCAGCCUUGAAGAAAAACAUACCUGCCAUAGAAAGAGCUAUAAGGGAGAUGGAAGAUCGGGUUUAAUGACAGAUGAGCAGUGCAGGUUAUAUGAGGAGCUUAUUUUGGAGAUUCAAAUGUUGAACCCUUUUAGGGAUGAUACCAUCUUUUGAGCCUUGAUUUUGCUGGUACUUGUAAAGUGACGAGAUGUGGUCAAGUGACAUUUUACUGCUACCUUAUCUGCUCUGUAAUAUUGCCUGGAAAACUUUAUGCUGACAUAAAAUGCUACUUUAUGUUAAUGCAGUAAGUUAUUAACUGGUGGUAUAUUCCUGAUCAAA